GCUCCAUCUUGCUGGCGACCAGCGUUGGGCUGUGACGCUGCUUCCCGGGGUCAGAAUGUCAUACCCAAGCUAUCCCCCAACAGGCUACCCACCUUUCCCUGGAUAUCCUCCUGCAGGUCAGGAGUCAUCUUUUCCCCCUCGUCAGUAUGCUUAUCCUAGUGGCUUUCCUCCAGUGGGAGGAGGUGCCUACCCACAAGCCCCAAGUAGCAGCUACCCAGGAGCUGGAGGCUACCCUGCCCCUGGAGGUUAUCCAGCCCCUGGAGGCUAUCCUGGUGCCCCAUCACCAGGGGGAGCUCCAGCCUAUCCAGGAGUUCUUCCAGGUCAAGGGUUUGGAGCCCCACCGGGUGGAGCAGGCUUUUCUGGCUAUCCACAGCCACCCUCACAGUCUUAUGGUGGUGGCCCAGCACAGGUUCCACUGCCUGGUGGUUUUCCUGGAGGACAGAUACCUUCUCAGUAUCCUGGAGGACAAGCUCCUUUCCCAAGUCAGCCUGCUGCGAUGACUCAGGGAGCUCAAGGAACAGUCCGGCCAGCUGCGAACUUCGAUGCCAUGAGAGACGCAGAAAUUCUUCGGAAAGCAAUGAAGGGUUUUGGCACAGACGAGCAGGCAAUUGUGGACGUUGUGGCCAACCGUUCCAGUGAUCGGAGGCAAAAAAUUAACGCAGCUUUUAAGACCAUGUAUGGCAAGGAUUUAAUCAAAGACCUUAAAUCAGAGUUUAGUGGAAAUACGGAAGAACUGAUCCUUGCCCUGUUCAUGCCAUCUACAUAUUACGAUGCCUGGAGUUUACGGAAUGCAAUGAAGGGAGCAGGAAAUCAGGAACGUGUAUUGAUUGAAAUUUUGUGCACAAGAACAAAUCAGGAAAUCCGAGAAAUUGUCAGAUGUUAUCAAUCAGAAUUUGGACGAGACCUUGAAAAGGACAUUAGGCCAGAUACAUCAGGGCAUUUUGAACGUUUACUUGUAUCCAUGUGCCAGGGAAAUCGUGAUGAGAACCAGAAUGUUAACCACCAGUUGGCUCAGGAAGAUGCUCAACGUCUCUAUCAAGCCGGUGAGGGGAGACUAAGGACAGAUGAAUCUUGCUUUAACAUGAUUCUUGCCACAAGAAGCUUUCCUCAACUGAAAGCUACCGUGGAGGCUUAUUCCAGGGUGGCCAAUUGAGACUUGCUAAGUAGUGUUGCCCGUGAAUUUUCUGGAAAUGUUGAAAGUGGUUUAAAGACCAUCUUGCAGUGUGCCCUGAACCGCCCUGCCUUCUUUGCUGAGAGGCUCUACUAUUCUAUGAAAGGUGCCGGCACAGAUGACUCCACCCUGGUCAGGAUUGUGGUCACUCGAAGUGAGAUUGAUCUUCUACAAAUAAAACAGACGUUCAGUCAGAUGUAUCAGAAGACCCUGGGCACAAUGAUCUCAAGUGACACAAGUGGAGAUUACCGAAAGCUUCUUCUGGCCAUCGUGGGCCAGUAGGAGGGAUUUUUUAAAUAAAUGAAGCAUAUCCUUCAGUAAUUGACCUGCAUGCAGUAAUAUCAACCACCACCUAAGCAAAAGAGCUUUUUACCAAGGACUGUGUCAGGGUAUUGUGCUUGGUUUGUACAUGUGGUUAUUGCCUUAAUUCCAAUGUUACUUUUUCUCUAUAUACAAUCAGUGUGAAGCCAUCUCACAAUGAUGUACUAAUAAUGCAAUGUUUGUAAGGCAUAAAUCUCACUGCUUUUCUAAUCAGGAUCCCAAAUUGAAUAAAAAAUCAUAACAAUUUCUAAAA